AUGCGGCCGGUGGGGGCUACGACUGUAGACUCCAGCGUGAUGGACGUCGCAGCGGAUAGCGUUGGCGAUGGGGCUGCCGCGGCGGCAGCUGGCGUGGAGAUGGUGGAGAACGACAGGGAUGGGGUGGAGGAAUUUUACGGCGAGGGAGAGGUUAGCUCCCAGUGUUGCGGGAGGCUUUCGCCCACGGCUGUCGUUUACAUGUCGGCCUUCGUCUCCUCUCUGACUUCCGUUCUUCUGGGCUACGACGUCGGAGUGAUAUCCGGGGCCAUCAAGUACAUCCAGGAGGACUUCGGGCUCAGCACCCUCCAAAAGGGAGUCAUUGUGUCGUCGCUAAACCUGGUGGCAGCGGGAGGGGGCCUCGUCGCGGGCAGCGUCUCAGACACCCUGGGCAGGAAGCGCUCCAUCGCCGCCGCGUGCCUGGUGUUCAUCACCGGGAGCAUCAUCAAGAUCGCCGCUCAAUCUUUCGGGGUCCUCCUGCUGGGCCGCAUCGUCACCGGUAUCGGAGUGGGCUGCGGGUUCGUGGUAGCGCCGGUGUACAUCGCCGAGAUCACACCACCGCAUAUCCGAGGACGGUUAACGUCUCUAACAGGCGGUAAGUGGAGGACAAUGCUCGGCAUUUCCAUCGUGCCCCCGUUCAUCAUCCUCUCCAGCCUGUGUCUCUUGCCGGAGUCCCCUCGCUGGCUGCUGGGGAAAGGCCGGGAGGUUGAAGCCUUCGCGGUGCUGUGCACGAUUGUUCCAACGGGAGACGCAGCGAAACGAGAGCUGGCCGAGAUGAAGACGAUCGCGGGAGAAGAAGACAGCGCGAAAAGUUCGUGGAGCGAGCUGGUGUGCACCACAUCUCCUGCGCUCAAGUCGACCGUGCUCCUGGGUCUGGGACUGGGUAUCGCCCAACAGGCUAGCGGAUCGGAGGCCGCGGUGUACUACUCGCCCUCUGUUCUCUCCGACGCUGGGCUCACAUCGGACUCGGCUGAGCUGGGAGGAAACAUCCUGGUGGGGCUGUUCAAGCUCGGCGGGGAAGUGUUUGCGUAUUUCUUGGUGGACCGGACCGGACGGCGGCCUCUGUUCAUCGCAAGCUCUUCCCUCGUCACCUUCUUCUUGAUCUUUUUGAGCGUCACCUUCUCGGCUGCGGCCCCGGCUUGGAUGACCCUGAGCGGGCUGUGCCUCUUCAUGUGGUCCUUCUCUCUCGGAAUGGGGGCGCUCACUUUCCUCGUCGCCGCUGAGAUUUUUCCGCUGAGGUACCGCGGCAGAGGGGUGUCCCUGACGGUGUGCGUCAACCGCCUCACGAGCGGCUUGGUCGCGCUGGCGUUUCCCCUUCUGGAGAGGCGCUUCACGGCCGGCGGCACCUUCUUCCUCUUCAGCAUCUUCUCUGUGGGCACCGUGUGGUUCUACUACACCAAGAUCCCGGAGACGAAGGACAGAACCCUGGAGGAAAUUUCCGCGGGUGCCGCGAAGGAGACAUCUGAGGGUGACACGGCGACCGCGCUCGGCCUCGCCCCCACCGCAGAGCCCGGGACUGUUGAUUCUCUCUGA